AUGUCUUCCCAAUCCGGCUCUAUCCUACUGCUCGGAGGAACAGGAAAAGUAGCGAGCCGCAUUGCUCCCCUGCUCCACGCGGCGGGUGUGCCUUUCCUCCUAGCGUCUCGCGCCGGGUCCGCUCCUAACGGCUACACGGGCGUCAAGUUCGACUGGGAGGAUGAAUCGACUUGGGAGCCCAUCUUCGCGACUCCCAUCUCGGCCGUGUAUCUCGUUUCGCCCCGCCGAGACGCCCAGGAUACCAUGAAGAAGUUCGUGGACCUGGCGCUUUCCAAGGGCGCCCGGCGCUUCGUGCUGUUGGGCGCAAGCUUAGUUGAAGAGGGCGGCCAAAUGUUCGGCAAGGUGCACACGUACCUACGGGAGCUCGGCGAGGCGGGCAAGAUUGGGUGGGCGGUAUUGCGUCCGACCUGGUUUCAUGAAAACUUCCUCCACGAUCACGCCCCAGACAUCAGGAAGGAGAACAAGAUCUACUCCUCCACGGGCUCCGGGAAAAUCCCCUGGGUCUCGGCCGAAGACAUCGCCGCCGUCGCUUUUCACGUGCUCACGGCUGCACAGGCCCCUAAUACCGAUUACUUGAUCCUCGGGCCGGAACUGCUUACGCAUGCCGAUCUCGCAGAAAUCUUCACAUCGGCCCUCGGCCGCAAGAUCACCCACGUCGACUUGACGGAAUCCGAGCUCGCCGAGCGGUGGACGAGCCUCGGCUUACCGGCGGAGUUCAGCGCGGCCCUGGCGUCGCUGGAUACGGCGGUGCGGCACGGGUCGGAGGAACGGACCAGCGACGACGUGCGGAGGAUCACGGGGCGGGAGCCCAAGCGGUUCAGGGAUUUCGUCGAGGAGAACAAGGAUACCUGGGCUCAGGAUUAA